AUGACCGUGAGUUUUCAUUAUGGGGGGACAUUUUAUAUUGAAGUUCAAGGUUCAGCCUACCUAGGUGGGGAGACCAUAACAUUUGACUAUGUGGACUAUACAAUUGUGACUUUGGAUGAUUUCAAGUCCAUUGCAGAAAGUAAAGGUAUUUCUAAACCUUUGAGGGGAGAAAAUGAGGGGGCUGGGGAGGCUAGUAAUGUGAAUGUGGAUGUCAGGGAAGAAAAUGAGGGGGCUGAUGAGAGUGAAGAACAUAGUAGUGGAAAUGAUGAUGAGAGUGAUGAAUUGUUUGAAUGGGAAUAUGAUAUGAGGGAAGAUAAGUUAGAUGAUAAACUUUUUGAUGAAAAUGUUGAUGUUGAUGCUGAAUGGUUAGGAUCUCAUAAUGCUGUUAAUGAUACUUAUUCAGAUGAGAAUUGGAAUGAGAAUGAGGGACUUGGUGAUGAACAAGAAGUUGUUUACAAUGAGGACUUGCACAGUGAAUGCAUUUUUGAUGAAGAAAAUGAGAGGGUCAAGUUUCAUGUGUUUAACUCUAUUGAAUUAUUUGAUCCCACUUUUAAAAUGGGCAUGCUUUUCAGCUCCAAAACUGAACUGAGGACAACUAUACAUUCUAGGGCCAUUAAAUGCAAAAGAAGUGUGAAAAUUACUAAGAAUGAUAGCAAAUAUGUUCAUGCCAAGUGUCUUGACAAUUCUUGUAAUUGGAAACUUCAUGCUGCCAAAUUAGGAGAUGACCAAGCCUUCCAAAUCAUAAAAUAUACUCCAAGGCACACAUGUGCAGAAACAGGGAAGGUUAAAAAUAUAACUUCUACUUGGUUAGCUUGCAAAUAUGCAAGUGAGUUUAAUGAUGAUCCUGAUAGAAAGAUCAAAGGAUUCAGGAAGUCUUUGGUGAGGGAGCUGAGGGUGCAUGUUAGUAAUCAACAGGCAUAUAGGUGUAAGUUGAAAGCAGUUGCUGCAAACCAGGGAUGCCCUACUGAUCAAUAUACUUUACUGUGGGAUUAUUGUGAUGAACUUAGGAGAACAAAUCCUGGUAGCACAGUGGUUAUGGGUAUUGAUGAGAGUAGUGGUGAGAAUCUGUUUGAAAGGAUGUACAUUUGCUUGAGUGCUCUGAAGGCAGAGGCUCGACUCUCCUCAAGCUACAAAUUAUGA